AUGGCGACCAGAUUAAAAUACUUUUGUAUGAAAAUAUUUACACGAUCCAAACUGGACAAUAGUUAUUUAAAUUUAUCAAGAAACUUCAGUGUUUUGUCUAAUAACCAUAUCAUAAAAGACAUUGUUCACCAAAAUAAUUUCCAAACGUUGCUUAGUUAUUGGAAUGUAGAAAACUUUGGGACAAGACAAAAAGGUAAUAAUGCAGGUCAAACAAGGAUACUUUGUUCAAAGUGCCAAAAUGUUAAUUUAGCGUUUUUUUUAAUUUCAAAUCGAUUUUUGAUAUGUCAACGAUGUGAUUAUAUAUUUAAAGUGAUUUCUGCUGAAAAAAAUAAAUUCAAACCACCGCCACCGACUCCAAAAGAAAUUGUUGUUAACCUUAAUAAGUAUGUAAUUGGUCAAGAUCUAGCUAAGAAAGUGUUAGCUGUGGCAGCUUAUAAUCAUUGUAAACGUAUUAUUCAUAUUACAGCACCUCAGAAGAAUGAUUUAAUCGAACAGUUGUUUGAUAAUUUACCAAAUUCAAUAGAGCGUUUUGUUAACGAGCGUCUAUCCAGAAUCCUACAAACGAAUAGUAUAAAAAAUAGUCAAGAAGAAAUUAAAGUUGCUUCGAAAUUUGAAAAAACAUUAUUAGAAAAGAGUAACAUAAUAUUAUUGGGGCCUACAGGAUGUGGAAAAACAUUACUGGCUCAAACAAUAGCUAAGCAAUUAGAUGUUUCAUUUGCAAUUUGUGAUUGUUCCAAUUUGACACAAACGGGUUAUGUGGGAGAUGAUAUUAACAGUAUAAUUAGGAAACUCUUACAAGCUGCUAAUAAUAAUGUUGAUAAAGCUCAAACUGGAAUUGUUUUUUUGGAUGAAAUUGAUAAAAUUAGCGCUUUACCUAAUAUUUAUCGAUUGAGGGAUGUUGGAGGGAAAGGAGUCCAACAAGAAAUGUUGAAAAUGUUAGAAGGUACUGUUAUUAAUGUACCAGGAAAAAAUACCAGAAAAUUUAGAAAUGAAGCAGUACAAAUUGAUACUACUAAUAUCUUGUUUGUUGCUUCUGGUGCAUUUAUUGGUCUUGAUAGACUUAUAAGUCAAAGGACAGACCAAAUUAGUAUAGGAUUUGAAGCAAAAAUUUUUAAAUCAGGGGUAAGUAGAAGAGAUGCUACUAAAGCCGAUUUUGUUGAUACAACAGCUUCAUACACUGAUAAUGAAAAGGAAAAUGUUAAACGAGAUGAGUUGUUAAAAAAAAUUGAACCUAGAGAUUUAAUUCAAUUUGGAAUGAUACCAGAGUUUUUAGGAAGGUUUCCAAUUUUGGUUCCACUCCAAUCAUUAAAUAUAAACUUGCUUACACGAAUACUUACUGAACCAGAAAACAGUGUAGUCAAUCAAUUUAAAUUACAAUUCAGCUUAGAUAAAGUUGAAUUAACAUUUACUGAUGAAGCACUUAGAUCAAUUGCCUCACAAGCUCUAGAAAAAAAAACAGGUGCUCGAGGCUUACGAGCAAUUUUGGAAUGCAUUUUGUUAGAUUCAAUGUUUGAAAUACCUAGAUCUAAUAUAGUUAGUGUUCUAUUGAUUGAACCUUCUACACAGUGGCCUCUCAUAAGUGAGGCAGACCCACAGUACUAA